UUUUUUCAUAAAUCUAGCUAAGUCCUUGUGUGCAAGCUUUUUAUACAGCAAAAGGAAAAUGGAAUUUUUUUUUUAAAAAUUUAAUCUCAUAAAAUUUAACAGAGAAAUUCAGCAUUAAUAUCUAGUGUCUGAAAUUCCUUUAAAGUUACGUUUUCAAAAUGGCUAAAUUUCAGGUUUAAUAUUUAUUUCAAGGAUGGAAAAAUAUUAUUUUGGCAGAAAAUCUGUUGUUAAGACAAAUAUAAAUUGGACACUCGCACAAAAAAGACUGCAGGCCUGGGUAGUGCAUACGAGGCAAAUGUUAGCUGCAGACAGGAAAAGAGCAGCUGUGCACCAUUCUUGGACACAAAGUCCUCAGGAGUCACGAGGUUAGCACAGGAUCCUUUUUUUUUAUGCCUGGUUUUGCUGACUACAGAGUCACUUAGUCAACUAUAAUAAUCAGAAUAAAAGUCCUCUCCUAAAGUUAGAUUAGUUUUAUACUACUCUAUGGCAAGGAAAAGCAAGUCAAAUCUCUCAGAAUUGUAUCUAGAAGAAAAUAAAGAUCAGAUAUAUGAAAAUGCCCUUGCUGAGAUCCAGUCCUUUGAGCUGCUUCUUGGAACCACCCUAAGGUCUGUAUAUGAUGACCAACCAAAUGCACAUCAGAAGUUUAUGGAAAAACUUGAUGCCUGCAUACGUAACCAUGACAGGGAGAUAGAAAAGAUGUGCAAUUUUCACCACCAGGGCUUUGUGGAUGCUAUUACAGAACUUCUUAAAGUUAGGGCUGAUGCAGAAAAACUAAAGGUCCAAGUUACUGAUACCAACCGAAGGCUUCAGGAUGCUGGGAAAGAGGUGAUAGCCCAAACAGAGGAAAUCAUCCGAUGUAGAGUUCAACAGCGGAAUAUUACAACAGUUGUGGAAAAACUACAGUUGUGUCUUCCAGUGCUGGAAAUGUACAGCAAACUAAAAGAACAGAUGAGUGUAAAAAGAUAUUAUUCUGCUUUGAAAACAAUGGAGCAGCUAGAAAAUCUGUAUCUUCCUAGAGUUAGCCAGUACCGCUUUUGCCAGAUAAUGAUAGAAAAUCUUCCAAAACUACGUGAAGAAAUAAAAGAAAUAUCCAUGUCAGAUCUGAAGGAUUUCUUGGAGAGUAUUCGAAAGCAUUCUGACAGAAUUGGGGAAACUGCCAUGAAACAGGCACAGCAGCAGAAAACCUUCAGUACUGCUCUUCAGAAGCAGAAUAAUGUAAACUACGGUCGGAAUAUGCAUUUAGGUAGAAACAGGAUUUUGGAAUCCAAGAAUGAGAUCACAUUGAAGCGAACAUUUGAAGAUGAGGAUGAACAUGAAGAAGAGGUUUUAACAGCCCAAGAUCUUGUUGACUUUUCUCCAGUCUAUAGGUGUUUGCACAUCUACUCAGUUUUGGGUGAUGGAGAAAUAUUUGAAAAUUACUACAGAAAACAAAGGAGGAAACAAGCAAGAUUAGUUCUGCAACCACAGUCAAGCAUGCAUGAAACAGUAGAAGGCUAUAGAAGAUACUUCAGUCAAAUUGUAGGUUUUUUUGUAGUAGAAGACCACAUUUUACAUGUAACCCAAGGAUUGGUAACUAGGACAUACACUGAUGAACUGUGGAACAUGGCCCUUUCCAAGAUCAUCGCUGUUCUUAGAACACAUUCAUCAUAUUGCAGUGAUCCUGACCUUGUUCUGGAACUGAAGAAUCUCAUUGUAGUAUUUGCUGAUACUUUGCAGGGCUAUGGUUUUCCUGUGAACCGACUAUUUGAUCUUUUAUUUGAAAUCAGAGACCAAUACAAUGAAACACUGCUUAAAAAGUGGUCUGGAUUGUUCAGGGAUAUUUUUGAAGCUGACAACUAUAGCCCUAUCCCUGUAGCAAAUGAAGAGGAAUACAGAAUUGUUAUAAGCAAAUUUCCUUUUCAAGAUCCAGAGCUUGAUAAGCAAUCCUUUCCAAAGAAGCUUCCAAUGUCUCAGUCAGUGCCUCAAAUUUACAUGCAAGUGAAGGAAUUUAUUUAUGCAAGCCUUAAGUUUUCAGAGUCACUUCACCGCAGUUCAACAGAAAUAGAUGAUAUGCUCAGAAAAUCUACAAAUUUGCUGCUUACAAGAACUCUAAGUAGUUGUUUACAGAACCUAAUUAAAAAACCUCAUAUAGGUUUAACAGAGCUUGUUCAAAUCAUCAUAAACACAACACAUUUGGAGCAAGCCUGUAAAUACCUUGAGGAUUUUAUAUCUAACAUUACAAAUAUUUCACAAUUGACUGUUCACACUGCAAGACUUUAUGGGCUUUCUACAUUUAAGGAUGCAAGGCAUGCUGCAGAAGGAGAAAUAUACACAAAGCUUAACCAAAAAAUAGAUGAAUUUAUUCAGAUUGCUGAUUAUGAUUGGACAAUGUCUGAAUCAGAUGGAAGAGCCAGUGGAUACUUAAUGGACCUAAUUAACUUUUUAAGAAGCACGUUUCAAGUUUUUACUCAUUUACCUCAUAACAACAAUGACCAUGCAGCUAUGUCGGGAAAAGUGGCCCAGACAGCUUGCAUGUCAGCCUGCCAGCAUCUUUCAAUGUCCCUAAUGCAGAUGCUACUGGACAGUGAAUUAAAACAAAUAAGCAUGGGAGCAAUUCAGCAGUUUAAUUUAGAUGUGAUACAGUGUGAAUUGUUUGCUAGUUCUGAGCCUGUGCCAGGAUUCCAGGGAGACACCCUGCAGUUAGCUUUCAUCGACCUCAGACAAAUGCUGCAGUAAAAACUACUGUCACAGAACAAGCAAACUGUCCUGUGCUUCAUAUACAUCACAUGCUUGUGGCCAAGACAGUCCCACUUUUUAUAUAUCAGGGAGAGGAAUUAAAAUUAUUGAUUUAAAUGGGGCACACAUUUGUGUAGCAAAAGAUGGUGUAAAUCAGAAAGGAACAGAGCAGCAGAAAGUGGGACGAAUUGGUGAGUAGCACCUCUGCAUUGUUGCUGCGGGAUUGAAGGUGAAUUCAGUGUUGUGUUGUGCUCAAGUGAAGCUUUGCAUGAAUGGGUUGAAGUUAUUUCCCACCCAUGUGGUGGUCCUGGGGCCAGUGAGUCAUUUUUGCUAGACUGUCCUCUCUGCCACUGGCUGCUUGCCAACUUUAUCCCCUCACAAAGCGCCUGUAUUGGCUGUGCACCCACCGAGCCUGGGUGCCAGGGCAGAUGCAGGUGAUAGGAACGGCCAGGACAUAGAUCCCAAGUGCUGCACACCAGGCAGCUCUUGCCCACCCCACAGCAUGCAGUACUUGCUGUCAAAGCCCACUGCAUACGGCAGUAUGCAACAGUGCAGAACUGCAGCUGUGAGUGGGACAAAAUGCACAAUGCAUAGUCAUGCACAGCAGCAGUCUGAUUUCCAGCAGUGUCUGCAGCUCCCUGCCACAUUUAAUCCAGAACCAGGACAUGAUUGUCACAUUGCAGCUCCUGAGCAAAUGCACAGAAGGAGGGAAGGGGCUGUUGACUGAGUGGCAUGUGUCAUUUGAUUGCAUGUCUGAACCUUUGAGCUACCUGCCGCAUGUCAUGACAGCUGCUUGAACUUAAGAGAUUUAUUAACAUGAGGUUGGUUGUGUGCAGCUCUUUGACCAUGCAUGGUGCAGGGAAGAAGCUCUGGGUACAUCCCCCUUGCCAAUCUCUUUGGGUGUUCAUUCUUUAGGGCCAGGACUGUCUGGGAGUGCACAGAAUAUACUUCAUAUAUGAUAUACUUUUUUACCUCCUGUUGGAAAAACAACAGACUUCAUGGUCUGUUUAGAGCCCUACAUGCUUCCUAUGUUUGGCCAGGUGACAAAUGAGAUGUAAUCUUCGAGUAAUCACUAUGACAGAGAUUUCCCAGAGCUGUGGCACAAUCAGUUGAGUCAACCAUUGAAAGCAUCAUAUGAAACUCACUCAUGCACUAUUGUCAGGGAAGUUUCUUUGAACUUGUCAGCACUGUAAUCGUGUCAGUCGUCAGUGGCUUUGGGCCACACAUUGCUAGCAGGAUACCUUUAGAUACCUUUCACCCAUAUGAGCUUCAGGGUUAUUUAGGAUUUACCCAGAAUCCUCAAUUUCAGUAGUACAAUAGGGGUAAGAAAUGAAAUCUUUCACCUUGGACUCACUGAAUACAACUGCAGGAAUGUUGGUCGAUCCUUAAGGACUGUGUCCCAUGUGGAGCCCAUGACAAGUAGCACUGUAAGUAGCAGUAAGAUAGUAAUGACCAGAUUAUAUAGUUUGGGUUCCUGACAGCUUUAUCCUCACAGCUUGUCUUGUGUAUGUGCCUGUCCUAUCUUUCCACUCUUUUGGUUGUGCUUUAAAAUACCUCUGUGGGCACUGGGCACCACAAACUGUGUUACGCAGGUAAUAACAAGUGAUGAGUAAUAUGCAGUAGCAACUGAGGCUGUGAGUUUCACAACUGAUGCUAAUUUCUGAGUUGUCAAGCCUUCCCAAGUCUGUUUGCUUGGUGACUGAAGGCAUGUUCUCAGCAACUCAGUAAAAUUUGUGGUGUCCAUCUUGAGAAAGGGCUUUGUGGGAAAGAACCAUUUGAAUUUGACCUUGGUGGUUAUCAUGGAUAUCUGGUCAGCAGAGAAUGAAAUAGCCUCCUUGGGUUUUAGAUACUUUCACCCCUUUGAGAUAGUUAAAUGUAAAAUGUAAAUGUCACUGAGGUUUGUAAGGGUCCCUGAAGGUCUUCGGGAUGACCGAGCAGUAGGUGUGUCAGAGGUCCAUUAUAAUACCAGGAAAUGUUGCUACCUAGUCCUAAAAGACUGCACUACAAAUAAGGAAAGAGUAAUUAAUUAGAAAAUUAUGUAUUUAAAUUAGACCCUAUAUUUGAAAGUAACAUUAUAGAGUGGUUUGGAAGUGGAAAAAUUUGCAAAAGGGAGGCAUAGAAAUUUGAACCUGGGAGGACUAGAUGUAUCCUUUUAUUCUGUAAAUAAAUUGAUUAUUAUUAUAUUGUUAUAAUUCUGGUCACGAGCAUUGCUGGACAUCUCUGAUGGUUUAUUGGGCUGAGAAAUUUGAGGAAGGCAAGGUUCUCUGGGGUGCAGUCCUCCUCUUAGUGUAGCCUGAGAAGUCAGAGGAGCGGGUGCCUGCUGCAGUUCUGCCUGUGGGAGUAGGGGCUGCUACUUUUGUGUCCCAGCUGUAACAGCUCUGGUCUUCCUUAGCAGAAGCAAAUGUUUGAAGUGAAGAGGGUUCUUCCUUGAAAUAGCAAAAUGGUGUGACUUGCAGUAUUCUGUUACAUUUUUUUAAGUGGUUUUGUUACACAAAAUCCUGUUGCAGCCCACCUUUCCAGCAUUACUGAUUCAGCAGCUCUGCAGGCAAGCAGGGCUCUAGGUUACACUGAGGACCCAGCUCAGUGGAGCAGCCACAGGCACUACACGCUGGGGCAAAGUGUUGUUAAUGGUUCCCAACGCUUAUUUUAACAGUAGUUUUGGCUAACACGGGACAGCCUGAGAACAAGCCCUCGUUAGCCCUCAGCAGCAGGACAAGGCCCGGCACCAGACGCAGGGGGAAGCUGAGGCGCCCCGCCAUUGACGUCAAUGGCAGUGGGGCCCGCUGGCCCGCAGGUAGCCGUGGGAAAGGCAUCCCCGAGCGGGGCUGCCUGUGCCCUGGCCCCUGGCAGCCUGGGCAGGGUGCCCAGCGGUGCCUGGCCUGCACCCCGUGAUGGUGGAGGGGGAAUUAGGCUUUGAGGGCUGUGAGAGGGUGCUGGCUGCUGAAGGUUCGGCAUUGCGUCUGAUUGUAAAAGCAGGCUGUUUUUUUUGUUGAACAGCAGCUCUGAGAGCAUGAGUCAAAGACCUGAUUUGAAACUGCAGCCAAGUGUAGGACUGUGCUUGGAGACUUUUUGUUCCUCCACUGAAGUGAUUGGGUUUGUUUGGGCCAGAAGUGUGCCCCGGGCUUGGCACUGAGUUUCAGGGAUCAGUCACAAUGGAGAGUGCAGCCAGAAGGUGUUUAAUUCACUUAGUUGAGACUACCUGAACCUCUCAUUUAAAUUACUUUGAGAAGCAACAGACAGGAGCAUCCCUGUCUUGCUCCCCACGGUAAAGCAAGUUCCCAAAUACUAAAACGUGAAGCCAUUAGCAUUCCCUCUUGGGGCCAAACCUGCACAGCCGCCUGCCUGCACACUGAGGGAGGUGUGAGACAUUAAAGAAGGAAAUGGGCAGGUGAAGGGGGAGUGUUGGCCGGGCUCGGCGAGGGGCUGCGCCCGGCCUCUCUGCAGAGCCGCCCCACACUCCCUCAUCCGUCUCUCCCCC